CCGCCUCCACUGUUCUGUAAACCACACUUAUUGCCAUACUGCAAGACAUGACCGGACUAAACGCUUUGAAGAUGGAUGCAAACAUAGUAGUUUUGGGGACGGACACGGUUGGCAAAUCUGCACUGACAGUCCGCUUCCUGACGCGGAGAUUCAUCGGAGAAUACGGAGACAUUGAAACGAUAUAUAGUCAUACGUUCAGCUUGGAUGGAAGAGAAUUGACUCUCAGCAUCUGGGAUUCCCCUUAUUCUCAGCAGGAUCUGUCCACAAGCUCCUCCAUGUGUGAGAAGAGACUGCAGUGGGCUGAUGGCUUUGUGCUGGUGUACAGCAUCUGUGACCGGGCCAGUUUCAACAUGGUGACUCGGCUCAUCCAGACCAUCAAGAGCACCAAGGACUACCUGGGGCUGGAGAAGGUGCCCAUCGCCAUCGUGGGCAACAAGCGAGACCUCCACCACCGCCGCACGGUCCUCAGCGAGGAGGGCCGCAUGCUGGCCUUGGCCUCGGACUGCCAGUUCUACGAGGUGUCCGCCGCCGAGAACUACCACAGCGUGCUCAUGGUGUUCCACGGCCUGGUGGAGCGCGUCAGGGAGUCGCGCUCGUCCGUCAAGAAGACGGCGGGGAUCAAGGGCAUCGUGAAGAGCAUGUCGGCCGUGUUUGCCAGGAGGCGCACCGACUCGCUGUGACGCCGUGGGGUUCUCAGUGGAGGAGACUGGAUCAUUUAGGAGCGGUGUUUGACACUGUUGUUUUACAGAGGGGAGCUCUGGGAUGCUGGCUGUGAUCCCAGGCCAUGUCCCCAUGUACCUAAGCUGUUUAGUGGAGGGUGGCUGGCUGUAGGGUAGUCUAGGAGGAUGAGAGCUGCUCCCAUGCUGUCUGCUACAAAGGACACUGUGAGGAGGAUGAGGGCAGACCUAGUAUAAGCCAAUGGGAUAAAGGCAAAUCUGGGGUAGCCAUAGGGAACCAAAUCCACACACAAUACCUCUUGAUUUCUUCGUUAGACUUCACUGAGAAGAUGUGAGGAUUUGCAUGGAUUCAACAUUAUUAUCUGAUUCAGUGUCCUAACGUCCGAUGUCCAUUAUAAAUGUUGCCAUCAUGUUUGAAUUCCACAUUAACAUUUUCAAAGCCAAAGUCAUGUUGAGGCAGUGUUGUUUGGAUUGUCAAGGACUCUCGUUAUUCAUAUCUGAGGUCUUAAAAUAGUUCAGAGAUAACACUGUACUGUGAUUCUGAAGAAUUCAAUCUAUUCCAUAAAACUACCUUCAGAAACAGCAUUGCAAGCAACUCUAGUGUUAGCACUUUCUGUAAUAUCAAAUUCCAUAUGCAUUGAUUUUUGUUUCACUUGUAAAAGGUGAGCUCUUUUAUAUUUUAGCUGGUAUUGAGGAGAUGGUCAACUGAAAAUGCAAAUCAGUACUCAAUGGCCAUUGUACAUAUUAUGAAAUGAACUGAUGAUUAGUCUGUACAUAUGUUUAGAAAACUGUAAAAAGAUAAUGUUCCUGUUGUAAAGUUUGAAAUUAAAUAUUUAAUAAAGUGGCUUUGGUUCUGGCAUACUGUACAUCAA